AUGAAGACGCGACCCACAGGAAACACCUCUAACGCCGACUGGAUGGGCUCCCUGUGCCCUGCCCUCACAUCCAUGCCCCUCAAGCACCUGGCGGUUCCCGUGCUUUUCUUGGGUGUUGUGGAUGGUUACUAUGUGGUUGCUAAGAUGUUUGAAUGGUUUUACCACAUAAAUAAUGGCUCGUUCAGUCUCUGGCAUUUGUGUUUGAUUUCACAGGUCCUAGUGUUCUACCACCAUCCAUCUGCUGAGAGCUGUCCUGUGAUGUGGCCUGGUUGUAAAAUUCCCGCCCCCUGGGCCAAUACCACAGACGCCUCCAAGCUCAUCCAGUUCCUGGAGACGACUCUGGGUGAACGAGCCAAAUACGGCAGCUUUCAUGUGUCUCAAGCCAUUUUAACCCCACGUGUCAAGACCAUCGCCAGGGGCCUGGUACGGGGGCUAAGAAACUACCUGGUGGAGAAGAACCUUCCAACUAUAAUGAUGUGGGUGGAGGCACAAAAGCCAGGCGUAGAUGGGGUCAAUAUCAUCACUUCCGACUUCGUAGAACUUGUGGAUUUCGCAAACACUGUAAUUAAAUUAAAUAACCUCCUCAUUCAAGAUCGGCCAGGCACAUGACCUUUUCAGUGACCGCCACAAAGACUGAAGGUGUGCUGACCACAAAGACCUGGAAUGACAUGGGGGUCACAACGUGAUUAUCAAGAAGUGAUUGAUACCUAUGGCCAUAUGAGCUCUAUUUGGCCAUUUUUUUUCACUGAAACUCAAAAGUAAUAUUUUCAACAGCUGUUGCUCACCUACACUUCAUGUACUGAAAGAAACUAAUGUCAUUAUUUAUGAUUAGUUAUAAUAUUUUUACCAUUUUAAAAAAUGUUAAAUGUUUAUUCUAUAUCACAAUAUCAGAGCAAGAACUAACAGGGUCAUUGAGUUUUUUGUUGCAUCAUGAAAAGUCCCCAUAUUUUAUAUAAUAUCUCAGCACUUUAAAGUGGUUUAGCAAUGGCUUAUUUGUAUACCUGAUGUGAUCAGCAGUUGCUGGUCUUUAUUCGUGUUUGGAAGAUGUGGGUCACGGUCACGGCAGGAACCUUAUUUUGACAGCCGGU